AUGUCCCUCCCAACAACAACCGCAAAAUCCACCUACCGCGCCCUCCUCCGCGAACUCCCACGGCGCUCGCUCUCCUCCCCAACCCCUCUGCACAACCGCGUCCGCGACGCAUACCGCAACCCUGCAAACACGAGCACAUCCAAUGAGGAAGAGACGUUGCGCCGGCUGCAAGAGGCCGAGCAGUUUGCGCAGUAUGCCAAGGCGCAGCGCACGUAUGCGAUGCUCGUUGAUCGGUAUAACCCUGGUUCGUUGAUGGAUGAGGAGGAGAGGGUGAGGCUUACGGCGAGAAGGGUUGGGUUGGAUUUGCCGGAGUUGGUGGGAGAUAAAAAGAAUGAGAAGGAGUGA